AUGUCGUUUCGCAGGCUCAGGAAGGACUCUAAAAGGCUGGAGGAUGUGAUCGCAGUGACAGAAGAGCUGAAGAAUCUUUACUACAAGAGGCUGCUGCCGAUAGAGAAACGCUCCUCCUUCCAUCUGUUCCACUCUCCCAGCUAUGAGGAUGCAGACUUUGAUAACAAGCCCAUGGUGCUGGUGAUGGGUCAGUACUCCACUGGGAAGACCACUUUCAUCAGGUAUCUGAUUGAGCAAGAUUUCCCAGGCAGCAGAGUGGGACCAGAACCGACCACAGACUGCUUCACUGCCCUCAUGUACGGAGAGGCAGAGGGAAUGGUGCCAGGGAAUGCCCUCACAAUGGAUCCAAAGAAGCCCUUCCGCAACCUUGACCCUUUUGGAAACACCUUUCUCAACAGGUUCCAGUGUGUUCAGAUCCCAAAUCCAGUUCUGGAGAGCAUCAGCAUUAUUGACACCCCAGGGAUCUUGACUGCGGCUAAGAAGAAACUCAGUCGAGGGUACGACUUCCCAGCAGUGCUGCGCUGGUUCGCGGAGCGCGUCGACCGGAUAAUCCUGCUCUUUGACGCGCACAAACUCGAGUUCUCUGAUGAGCUCACCCGGGCCUUCGGCGCCCUCUACGGCCAUGAAGACAAGCUGCGAGUGGUUCUGAACAAAGCUGACAGCGUGGAUUCCCAAGAGCUCAUGAGAGUGUACGGUGCCCUCAUGUGGUCACUGGGGAAAGUCUUUCGAACACCAGAGAUCUUCCGAGUUUACAUCGGAUCCUUCUGGUCCGAGCAAAGGCUGAAGUCUGACCACAUCCAGCUGAUAGAGCUGGAGGAGGAAGAUCUUCUGGCUGACAUCAGGAACCUCCCGCACAACGCCGCCUUAAGACGACUAAACGAUCUGGUGAAAAGGGCUCGCUUGGUCCGGGCCCACGCACACAUUAUCAGCUAUCUCAAGCAGGAGAUGCCAACACUUUUUUGCAAGGAGAGCAAAAAGCAGGACCUGAUCUACCAACUUCCUGUGAUUUUCAGCAAGAUCCAGCAGCAGCAGCAAAUUCCGGCUGGUGACUUCCCAGACUGCACCAAGAUGCAGGAGCGUCUUCUUCGGCAAAACUUCUCAAAAUUCAAGACACUCAAACCAAAUCUAAUGGCCUCCCUGGACAGGUUGCUGAGCACCGACAUCUCAAACCUCGUGCCCCUACUGCAACGACAAGAGAUCCGGAAGAAGCCUCUUCCAGGCGUCUUGGACGGGGAAUUUUUGGGAACGUUCCGACGUGACUGCUUCAGCAGACACCCCUUCAAGGAAGGCCCCAAAGGUGACCAGAGCGAGAGGGAUUUCAAAGAAUGGGUGGUAGAAAAGUACAAACCCAAGUACGAUGAGAUUUUUUACAACCUCGGUCCCAAUGAGGGCAAACUGAGCGGCUCCAAGGUCAAGAAGUGGAUGACAACAACGCUCCUGCCAAACUCCGUGCUGGCUCACAUCUGGAGGUUGUCAGAUGUGGAUGAGGACGGUAUGCUGGACAACGAGGAGUUCGCUUUAGCCGUCCAUUUAGUCGAGGGGAAACUCGAGGGUCACCGGCUCCCACGUGAGCUGCCCAGUCACUUGGUCCCACCGUCCAAACGGCUCAGUAAGGCCAGUGAAGACAGCUAAAGAUCCAGGACGUUUACUUGUACAGACACCCAGCAGGGAAACAGAAGGACAUUCCACCGUAUCAUUCACACACUACAUUGUCAGAGGAGUUCACUCAGCGGCCAAAGGAUGGGAAUGAGGUGUUCCAAUCACUGCUGAGGACACAAGCGCUGGCACUUUCUACUGAGCUCAGUGAAUUCAAGCAGGCGUCUGUGCCAGUCAUUCUGGGAGUGACACUGACUCACUUCCAAAGUGGUGGGCCAUGUGAACUAGACCGAGCGGGUUCAGCAGACGAUCAGGGUCCUAGUGCACGGAGCUUCUAGACUCGUGCCAACUAACAACUGUGGUCUUUCAGUCAACUGAAACAGGAGGCUUAUGAAUACGAGGGGCAAAACUACAUUCAUGAACUACAUGAUCUGAGUCACUUCAAUGCUAUAAUGCAUUGAGCACCACCUCCAUCAUUCGUAAAAUCCAAGUGCCAACGAGGAAAUGGUUAUAUUGCAGUCUGUACUCACCUAGGUGGCAGCGUAGGCCGUAGAGUCCAGGCGAGCACAGACAGGCUCCAUACAGACGAUGACAUGGGCUCUUGUUGGGACAGUUACACCUCCGAGUGCACAGCUUCCCAAAAAAGCCUCUUGGGCAACCUGAGCACAGCAAGACGCAUGGAUACUGUGGAUUAGGGUUUUCACUCAAUGAAAAUGUGGCUCGUGCAAUUCAACAUGUCGUCCCACAAUGAACCUUUGCUCGUGAUUCAUGUUUUUACCUAAAAUUAUUAUAUAUUUUGUGGAAUAAUCUUUUUUUCAUGACCUUUAUUGUGCAGUAAUGUAUGUGUUAUUCAAAUAUUUACACUUUUUUGCAUCACGUUGUAUCUUUGUGACACUUUUUUUCUUCAAAAAACAGAUGCAUGAGAUGACCCCUCCACGUUAUGUUUUGGGGGGCCACAAGGAAGGUGAUCAAAAAAUCUCUUGACUUGUAAAUGUGAUGGCCUCCUGCACCUAGAUGCUAACAUAGCAACAAUAAGUGGAGAAGCUAAAUGUGUGUGUGA